AUGCAGAACACGCGCACCCUCCUCAACAAAAACUGGCAAUGGCGUCUUGUCUCUACAAUUUCAGCAGAUAAGAAGCAGUUACCCGAGUCUGUUGAUUUGUCUCAGUGGCAAGAAGCUCAACACAGUCCCUCCGAGAUCUAUCUCGAGCUCCUUUCACGCAAGCUCCUUCCGGACUACAACGUUGGCCAAAAUGAGCGCAGGAUCCAAUGGGAGGCGGCAAACAGCGGGCACAAGCAUGUUGAACUUUUCUUCGAGGGCUUGGAUACCUUCGCAACUGUGAUCCUGAAUGGGGAACAGAUUGCGAAGAGCGAAAAUCAAUUUAUCCCUUUCCCGGCUGAUGUGAGCAAGACAUUGGUAGAGUCUGGGGCGAAGGAUAAUGAAUUGAUCAUCCUAUUUGAGAGCGCAGAGCGCAUGGGUAUAGAACUGGAGAAGAAGUGGGGAGGACGAACAAGCUUGAUACGAGACAAGAAGAGGAUGAACAUGCGAAAGGCUCAGUACUCCUGGGGCUGGGACUGGGGCCCAAAAAUUCUCAACGCUGGCCCUCAUCUUCCCGUUUACCUCGAAACCUAUGAUAACCGCGUUGAUAAUCUAUCUGUCACAUCUACCUUGUCAGACAACCUUGACUCUACAAAACUAUCGGUUCAGGUGAUAGGUGGACAAUAA